AUGGUGGAGGAUCGAAAAGACGCAGAGAGUCUGCUUAACAAGCAUCGAACCAAAUACUGCUUCAUCGCCCACCGGGCUGCAUGCAAGCCAGAUGACCCCAACUCAGAAUACCAAGUCGGUGACAGAGUCUGUAAGCUGACAGAUGUCAACCGGGAGAAUCGUCAGAUUUGGUGCGUUGUCGCCAUUGGUAAGGGAUCGCGAUGCUUCACAUUUGCGCCAAACUCUAGAGAGGACAAUGAACCCGAUACAUGCACUGUUAUCGCACCAUUUUCUGAUACCGAGAAGGGACAUGUGGAGAGCCGAGAGCACUGGCUUGUCAAGUACGAUCGGAGUCUUCUCACCAAGGCGCCGUCUUAUCACUGCGGUGGCACGGUUCGGAUCUCGGUCAAUGCGCGGCUAGAGCACCAUGUCAUUCAGGAAUGCGAUUGGACCUACAAUGAUCUCUACACAGGUUGGAUCUAUCGAAUAGAAGACGCCGACCACGGAUGGAUGACAGAGAGAUUUCUGGAUGAAGCAAUCAAGCGCGCUUUGCUACCAGUCAAUCCAGUCAAAACGGAAGCCCACGAUACCAUUACCGAGCCUCCGGAACCUGCGGAGCGCCCCAGCAAGUCCAAGAGGUCAAAAAAGAAACACAAGGAGCCUAAUGAAGACGAUUCGAAACAAGCCGAAAUGAAAUAA